AUGGAGCCGCCCUCGUCGCCGCCCAGCGAGGCCGCCUCCGUCGAAGACGCGCUCUCCUGGUACAAGUCCCAGUAUGUGCAGCUCGAGGUUGAGCUCGCCGAGUUUCGCGAGUCCAGCCGCGAGCUCGAGCAGGAGCUGGAAAAGGACAUUGAGAGAGCAGAGAAGCAGGAGAGACUCUUCCAGGAAAAGGCAGAGGCUCUUGGAUUCGAGGUCGAAGAGUGGAAGCGUAAAUACAAGGAAUCCAAGACCGAGGCCGCAUCAGCGCAAAAUGCCCUGGAAAAGGAAAUCACCGUCCUCCGCGACGCGAACCGCACCCUGCAGAUGAAGCUGCGCGAUUCCGAGGUGGCCAACGACGACUUUGAGCGCCAGGCGCGCAACACUACCUCGUCACUCGAAGACAUGGAGUCCAAGUUCAACCAGGCCAUUGAGCGCGGCGUCAUCAUGGAUGAGGAGAUGAAGCAGGGCGAGCAGGAGCGUGAGAAGCUGCGCAUCGAGUCACAGCGUCUGCGCGAGGAGCUAGCUGACCUCAAAAUCGAGGCCGAGCUCAUGCAGGACAAGCUCAAGAAGCACGAAGACCGCCAGCACCACCUCUCCAUCAUUUCCACCGACAUGUCCGCCCUCGGCUCGCCCACCUUUGAUCGCCACGCGGAAAUGUCGCCCAACUCAACCGCCAGCUCGCCCCUCAUCACCACGCCGCCGCCCACCGAUAAGCCCCUAUCAUCGGCCGUGUCAUCGGCAGGCACCGUCUCUGACAUCAACGAGCCGCCCUCACCACCCAUGUCUGAGGCGUCCAACACCUUGCCCAAAGCCGCGUUGGCGAAGACACCGAUCCGCCCACUGCACCGCAAACCUAGCCGGCUCCCCUCACUGGAUCAGAGUGUCACGCCUAAGCCCCGCGCCAAGUCCACCAACACCCGCGUGGCUCCCCCUCGCCUCUCUGGCGCCGGCGCUGCCGGUUCCAGCUACCGGACGCCCGCCAACAACCGCUCGACCAACUCUCGCACGGCUUCCCACAAAUUGCCGGCCUCCAACUCGCUUUCUCACAUUCGUACCCUCACGGAAAAGAUGCAGCGACUGGAAGCACGCGUGCACAAUGUGCGGUCGAAGCUCCCUGGGCCGGCUAGCAGCCCGCCUCGUGCUUCGCCUCGCUCUGCUAAGCUCGGCAACGUUCCGUCGUCGGUAACGCUUCGAUCGCGCAAGCGCACCGCCGGAUCGGCCACUUCUUCCAUCACUGGAGAUGAGACUACAUCCACCAGCUUUCGAACGUCAGUCUCGUCACGACAAGGCCACGUGCCGAGACUCAGUGCCUCCAACACCAACCGCCUAUCGUUUGGCCCGCUGCCGAACCGGGCGCCCGAUGCAGACAGCAGCCGGCCUAGUUCGCGGGCGAGCAUGUCAUCAUACGCGCGACCGCCUUCACGAACAGACAUGGCGCCGCCGAGACCUAUGUCGCGCACGUCGACUCGCACGCCCCUCACUCGGCCCCGGUCGUCUAUGUCUCUUCACGGCCAUUCGCACUCAACCAGCACGCAUUAUCUUGACCCUAAUAUUGAGGAGGAACAAGAAGGCAGCCUGCAAACACCGAGCCGCCGUGGAACCUAUGGCAAAAUGGAUUUCAGCAGCAGCAUGAGCGGGAUCCCAGCGCCGGGCGGCUCGUCGAUCCCGACACCGGGUGGUCGCAGGCAAAGCGCCAGCCGCCGCGCAAGCGCUGGCGUGGGCCGCGAGCCUGCUAUUCCCAGGCGGCCCAGCACGGCGGGGGGCCACAAGUUGGCUGAAUUGGCUGACGCGGGCGACCUAGGCGAGACGUAUUAA